AUGGCUUCUUAUCCAGUCUCCUUUCCGGCUGAUAAACCGGUUUUACGUUUAGACAGACUUCAAACAUCACCUUCAAUUUAUGUUUUACAUAUGCUUUCCGCAGAAACACCAGAUAAUAGACUUACAGUACACUUUCUUGAACAAUGGAUGGAAGCAUUAAAGUUUGUAGAAAAACAAUGGGAUCAAUCUGAUGAACAAAAAGCCGGAGCAGCUUUGGUUUCAACAGGUCUAACAGAUCCAAAAGCAAAAUUUUAUAGUAACGGAUUGGAUUUCGAGAAAGUUUUACAAGAUCCCGAAUUUUUCGAUAAACAUCUCAACCCAGUCUAUGAGAAACUUCUCACAUUUCCAAUCCCGACCGUUGCUGCAAUCGGUGGUCAUUGUUUCGCUGCGGGUUUUGGAUUGGUAAUGUCGCAUGAUUAUCGUGUGCAAAACGGUCAAAAAGGUUUCCUCUGUAUGAAUGAGAUUGAUUUUGGAGCUCAAAUACCGCCUGGAUUGUAUGCAGCUCUAAACAGUAAAAACUUACCAAGCAACGUCAUGCGAAAGAUGGUUUUGGAAGGUCAUCGAUUCGGAGCAAAAGAAGCGCAAGCAGAACGUAUUGUCGAUAUCAUCUCUCCUUCAGCAGACGAAAAGGUCGAAUCAGCACCGGCAAAAACGUUGGAAACAGCGAUCGAAUUGGCUAAGAAUUUCGCCAAAAAAGCAGGUGCAGAUGCUUAUCAAUCUAACAAAUUGGUCAUGUAUGCUCCUUAUUUGGCAACAUUGCGUGAACGAAACGAAGACGCAACUGCCCGUCUUUAG